AUGGACGAAUACCCAUCCGGCAGCCUGGACCUGAAUGUCCCGUUCCUGGUCGUCUCGGGGCUCAGCACCAGUCAUAGCAAGCCUCUUCUGACUGAUCCCGACUUGAGGGAACGAGGCAUUCUCAUACGCUCCGAACUGCCUCCUGUCGAUAGCCAAGAAGCCAAAGCAGUACUCCACCAUAUCCAAGAGGCAGAUGCUGCCAAUCUCCCAUGGAGCGCGCGGGACAGUUCAAAAAGAUAUAGAUUCAAAGUGAAGACUAUUGGGAGGGAAUUCCUCCUCCCACCGAGGCGUGCACGUCUUCCUGACGACGUUGAUGCUCCCGUGUCCGGCGCCUCGCUGCAUUCCCCCUUUUCACCGCUCAGUCGCGGCUCGACCCUAUAUCCGGAUGGCCUGAUAGAUACACGAUGGCUUGAAAAGCACCAAGCACUAAUACCUAGCGUUUGCUUGUGUUUCUACAGCUUGUCGUCGGACACGACUCUCUCCACUUUACAUGACAACCAACUCAAGACCGACAUCAACGCUGUUAAGAACGCCAUCAGUCGAUCCGGCUAUAAGUGCCGCUUGGCUGUCGUGAUUUUGAGUGAUCAGUCGCCUAGCUCCAUUGGCCAGUUUCAGGAGAGACUUGAUAAUAUCAGAAGAAGCAGUGGUCUUGAUCCCAAGACUUCGCUUUUUGUUGUCCCUACCCGGCGGACCGAGACAGAGCUCGGGACUGCUGUUGACAGUGUCCUGAUAGCUGUUUUCGAUCAAGCGGUCGAAUAUUAUCGUGACCUAGGCCGACAUGCCCGCAAGAAGAGGGCUCGGGGGUUUGCGCCGCAGCCGACUGUGCCACCAACCACUGGCACUUCUCAUACACUCUCUCUUCAGGGCUGGAAUGUUCGCUACGACUAUAAGACAGCGGUAUUUGCCGAGUUUCGACAGGAACUGGACGUUGCUCUCCGCUCUUACGAACAGACUUAUGAUACACUGGUUGGUGCAGAUGUACUCGAGACCAUUCCAGCUUGGAACCCCAGAUUCAAUGAUGCUCGGCUUCUAGCUGAUAUCGUAGCUAUACGUGCUCUGAGAUGUCUACUCUUGACGGGGCAGAGUACAGCCGCUGUCCGAAAGUGGCAAGCACACCGUGACAGGAUGAGUGAUCUCAUCGAUCGAAGAGGUCGCGGGACGCAGAACUAUGGUUGGAAAGCCUGGGAGGCCAGAUGGUGUACUGUCAUGGCAAAUCUGAUCGAGAAAGUGAAAUUUCCCGAGCUGGACCCAUCAACCAAGGUACUGUUUCGCCCACCCGAGAAGAAUCUCUCUGCUGAGCGUCUACAGCCGUGGGAGCUACUCCAUCACCCGGGAUAUUGGUUUCGAGCAGCGGCGCGACAUCUCAUUGAACGGCGGAGAAUGGCGCUCUCUAUGCCAGAAGACGACCGAAAGGCGCCAGACGAGUCUCCUCGGUCGCCGCUUACAGGGAACGCUUACAAGUACGACACAUUCAUGUGUCCCGAGCCUCACGAUGAACUGCCCCUCACCGGACUUGGUGUUAACCACGCACAGCUGAUCGUUGAUCGCUUGACACUAGCGAGGGCCGAGUUUCAGAAGCGGCAGCAGCUCCGGAUGUCUGCAGAGUUGGUCCUUGAUACGUGUAGAGAGCUGGGGCGAUUGAAAGAAUGGAAGCAAAUACUAGAACUACUCACUCCUCUCUGGAGGAGCAUGUCGUUCCGCACAGAAGGAUGGUGGUAUAUAACCGAGGCGCUGAGCUGGACAUUAAGAACUGCGGCGGUGGAGGUGGGCCAGAAGGAUCUCAUUGUCGCAAUUGACUGGGAACUUCUGAACAAGUGUUUCUCUAAGCGUCCAGACUGGCACUACGAUAUAACGAAAUCCUUGGAUGGAGUCACUAUGGACCACCGACCUGCCAUAACUAUCAACGACGACCAUUUAGCUUCAUUUCUCCAAGCUUCCUUUGUGUUCAAGAACGAGGAAGGGAAGGCUGGGCAGAGCUGUCCAGCACAACUCUCGAUUGUCUCUAACGCAUUCCCCAAAUCAGCACCGGUGGUGCUAGAAACGAUUCGAAUCGACUUUGAUGGCAGCCUACGAACAAUUCACCUCAAACACGAUGGUAGCGAGGACCAGACAACGACGUCAUCGUCACCUUUACACGUUACUCGAGUGCUUUUGAAGGAAGCGGAGUCCCCUAGUGAUGCAAUUUCCGACGACGACGCUUCAGAGACAGCUUCUCAAGGAGUACCUACUGCACUACUCGAAGCGGUGACUAACCUGACUCUGCUCCCGGGACAGACACGAGUGUUUGAAAUGGAUGUUCCAUUAAGGGAGCCUGGCGAUGCGAAGGCAUCUUCGGUCCAGGUCUCAAUAAACCCUGAAUCAUUCUCUCUGAGAUGCACAAUGAAACUCCGAGAAGCAGACUUGGUGAAUCCAUGGUACUCACAGUCUUCUUCCAGGAAGAAGAUCACGAGGAUGAACCCUCAGAACAUCAGAAUCCUCCCCAGACCUCCAAAAAUGGAAGUCAGAAUCAACAUGCGCGACCAAUACUAUGCGAACGAGGCCGUCGAGCUGGAGCUAGAGAUGCUCAAUGAGGAAGAUGCAGACGCAGAUACCAAACUGGAGGUUCUUCUCCAUGGACCUGGAGCCCCCGCUUAUACGGUGCGAGUUGCGAAUGGGGAAGAAGGAUCAUCUUCAGGGGAUGAUAAGUCAAGACGGAACGGGGUCACAGUUGGCACUAUCAGGGCAUCGGGCACUACAAGGGCUAUCAUCACAUUUGAUCCUGUUGAUCAGCCUGUUGUCUACGAUUUGACAGUUAAGGCAGUGUAUCAUCUUGCAUCGGAUCCCGGCACGACAAUCUUACAGGAGGCGGCUUACCAUCUCAAUAUUGUCAGUCCGUUCGAGGCUAGUUACGACUUGCUGCCCAGGUUACAUCCCGAGUGGCCAAGCCUUUUCGAUUACGAUAAUAUCCAGGACUCGGCUAACGAAGAUGAGGUAGUCGGUCGCCCUCGAGGGCUCCCGCAGAAAUGGUCCUUGGCGACACGGUACGCAUCCUUCGCUCAUGAGGAAGUGUUGAUAUUGGACCUGGAUGUCAAGGUGCUCGCCACGCAAGGCAGCGUAAACUGUGUAGCAUCAAAACCCAAACCCUUGCCACCAGCCGGUCUGACCAUCAGUCCGAAGACAAUCGAAGAAGCCCAUUUUGACCUCGUUGCUCAGAAACUGAGUCUCGAUGAUCGAUCUCCAUCGACAGCCGACCUUGCCUUCACCAUCAAAUGGAGGCGAUCGAGUGCUUCGGAAGUGUCAGUCAACACGACGACACUGCCACUCCCGCGCUUCUACGUCACAGUCGCCGAACCUCGUGUUCUCGCAGGUGUUUCCUACUCGACAUCCCCCACCCCUGCAUCGUCCACGUCGCCCUCCACCUCUAUGCCCCAACUGCUCUUCUUCGACAUCACCAUAGAGAACCCUUCCUCCCAUUUCCUGACCUUCGGUCUGAUCAUGGAGCCCAGCGACGAAUUUGCGUUCUCGGGGGCCAAGACCACGACGUUGAACGCCUUGCCCGUGGCCAGGAGGUCCAUCACCUACCGUCUGCUGCCGUUGGUGAGAGGGGCAUGGAUCAGGCCGACACUCGUGGUGCGAGACAAGUACUUCCAGAAGGUGCUGAAGAUCAUCCCGACGGAGGGCAUGAAGAGUGACAAGGACGGCGUCUUGGUCUGGGUACCCCCUGAAGAGGAACCGGAUAGUGAUGCGGAUGGGGCUGCUACGGUUGCAGAGGGCGGCAAGGGAACGGCGCAGAAAUCGACUGGGUAG